AUGGGCCGCAGCUAUGAUGGAACUGCAGCGACUUCAGCCUCAACCCAGCAUGGCAUCAGACGAAGUGAUCUCGUCCGCCAACGAUACGCAAUUUCCAGCGACCGCUAUGAUCCCGCUCGCCAUCAGUUCCAGGGACCCGAGUGCUCUGCAUGGACAACAUCGAGACGGGCCCAGCAAAGAAGUCGGGAUGAUCAGACACUGGCCGUUGUCGGGCGAAAUGGGUACCGCGUACACGAUGAUCAGGUAGCUUUUCGGAACGUGUUGGACUGCAGAAUCUAUUACGAAGGCGAUCCGCGUCAUUCUUCAUUAUGA